AGUAGUAAGGCCAGAAGCCCCUAGUAGCUUCUUGUUACUAGUAGCCAUGCCAGAAGCCCCUAGUAGUUUCUUGUUACUAGUAGCGAUGCCAGGAGCCCCUAGUAGCUUCCUGUUACUAGUAGCGGGAUGCCAGGAGCCCCUAGUAGCGGCCUUGCUCCUGGUUUUUUUUCUUUUGUUUUGGUGUUUCGGUCCUGUUGUGCCGGUGUGUCUCAAGGGCGGUUGCUCGUCAUAUCUUGGUGGUUUGUCAGACUGCAGUGAGCUGUGCAUCAUAGUUUUGCUCCCUAGUGUAACAUAGCAUGAUUUCGCGGUGACCCGUUCAGCUGGGGGAACUCUAUUUACACCAUUUUACACCCGCAUCAUUUCAAUCGCCGCUCUGAUCACCAAGCGCGAACACGCAAGGGAUAAAAACCUUGCUCAUUAUUGCGCAGGCGCAGGCCCUGUAAUGUUCCCCGAACAUACGCAACCCGCAACCCAUGACGAGACUGUGACUAAGAGCUCUGAGCACCGAAGGCUACGAAACAAAAAAUCCAAAGGGUGAGACCAUUGUAUUUUCUCAUUCGUGGCGCUUUCUUUGGCCACAAUGCUUUGCGUGUGGUGUUUAGCGACAAUGUGAUAGAUUGAUUUGUAAGUGUGAUCGGCGCUUUUCACUGAGGUCAUCCAAGCUCUGGCCACCAUGUUGCCGCGGAACUUCAUCAUCCCAGAGGUGAAAGGAAACCUCUCCGCGGAGGAUCGACGCAUCCUGUUGGCCAGCUUCCCGAGCCAUUGCUACAAGAAGGUCGCUAAAGUGAUCAUUGGCGAGCCGCCUGCAGAUUACAAGACCUUCAUGCAGCAGGCUUGGUUGAAGGACAAAAAGGCAAAGGCAGAAGCAGAGCUGAUGCGAAAGAAGGCAGAGGCUGCUAGGAAAAAGGAAGAGGAAGCGCAUAGGAAGGCGCAAGAAGAGCAGAAGAAGGCGGACAAUUCCAAGGAAGCGGAGGCAGAAGGAGCUGAAGGUGAGUCGAAAGAAGAUGGAAAGGAGAAGGGAGAAGAGGAGGAGAAGGAUGCGAAAGAUGAAGAUGCGAUGGAAGAAGAGGUCCUAGUGAACUUGACGGAGGAAGAGAAGAAGCGAUGGUUCAGGCCCACGGAUUCUCCUGACUUGACCUCCAAGGAGAUGUCAUCAUCCUAUCAGAAGUUCACCCUCCCUAGCAAGGAGGAAGGUUGUGAUGAAAUCACCUUCCUGUGGCACAAGGAAGCACAGAGCAAGGACUACCUGAACAAAUGGGUCCAGGAACGCAAGAAAGUUCAGCGCGUUGACGAUCUUCAGCCUUCAGAUUGGUUCAGGAACAAGUUCACUGAAUGGAAUCGAGUGCUUGGUGCAUGGAGGAAGUUGCAGUCAGACUUCAAGGAUCCAAGUCGAAGACGGGCUUUGGCCAUGGCCAAGAAAGCUCAGGAGGGAAAAGCUAAGAAAGCUGUGGAAGAAGAAAAGAAGGACAAGCAAGCUGAGGAGGAGAAUGGUGAUGAUGAACCAAAGGAGGAGAAGGAAGAGCAGGAGGAAAAGGAAGAGAAGGUCGAGGUCGCAGAGGAGGAAGAAGAAGAGAUGAAGAUUGACGCUGAGUCCUUGGAUCCCCUUGCAGUCGAGGAUGUCACAGAUUUUGGCAACGGCGAACCUUUGUUUGCUAAUUUCCAACACGAGGACUGGACAUUGAUGAGCUUGCGCUUCGAGCUCCACUUGCUUUGCCAUGCCUUCCAGCAUGACUUGGACGACCCAGAAAGACCUACGUUUAAGGAGGAACAUUUGGCCUACUACUACAACAAGUACUUCAGGAGGGUCCUCAGCUUGAAUUACUACGGGGUGGAGUCCAACUCAGAGCUCAUUGAUCUGGUCAAGGACUCCGUUGAGCUAUCUCCAUCAAUGUCUAUUGAGCCUCAGCUCUCAAGCGACUCGCCACUGGAGAACUUUGUCCGCCUCACAGAGGAUGGAAGAAGGGACCGGCAGCUGCGAAUAGAUUCUGGGGAUGAGACUGCCAUGCUGAAGAUUCAGAGACCUCGAUCACCGGGCCCUCCUGUUCAAGGCAACUUUGGCAAAGGAGGCCCAGGCAAAGGGGUCCCCUUCCGGCAAACGCCACCUCCAACUGGACCAGGGGGCCGACCGUUCUUUGGCUAUGGAGCGGGAGGACGCCCCGCGCUGGCAGCCCAGCCUCCUGCCCACCGGCCUGCACCUCGGCCACCUGCAACUGCAGUGACUUUCGCGCAGAAGAGGGCUGUGGCGCAGAGCAACUACCCACCUGCCAAAACUCAAAGGACAAGCUAUCCAGCUGGGCCCACAAGCAUCGGAGGUGGGGCGGCCGCUCCGAGAUACGGCAGAAGUAGUUAUGGCUUGAAGACUGGAAGAAUCUAGACGUGUUGCUGGAGGAACGGAGGAUGAGGUUUUCUCGGCUUCCUGACCCAGUUGCUGCAGUAUUGAGACGUCCCACGUGGGACGGCAAUCGAGCCAUCCCACUCGUCCCACGUCUCAUUUCGCAGGUACCAGGAUGGGCUGAUGCAGUGGCCAACUGUGCACGUGUACAAAGAGCCGGCAGAGAUAUACACAUGUACACCGUACCUUGCUCCUAGUAGUACGGCCAGGAGCCCCUAGUAGCGUCCUCGCUCCUAGUAGUACGGCCAGGAGCCCCUAGUAGCGUUCUUGCUCCUAGUCUUAGUACGGCCAGGAG